ACUAACACUGUCCUCGACUGCUCAACCUCCGGCCACUGAAACAUCCGUCAGCCACACAUCUGCUUUGAAGAUGAGUUCUAGAGUGUCAGGUGAUCUGGAGAGAGAUGAGGCAGAAGAGGAGGAGGAAGAAGAGGAGAGCAUGAACCCGACAGAGGUGAAAAUGAGUCAGAUAGUUAUGCCCUGUCACAGCAACCACCGACAGGAGCUGAGCGUGGGACACCUGCUCAAAUGGAUAGACUCCACCGCCUGCCUCUCUGCUGAGAGACAUGCUGGAAGCCCCUGUGUCACUGCGUCCAUGGAUGACAUCCACUUUGAACACACCAUCAGUGUGGGUCAGGUGGUGAACAUCAAGGCAAGGGUCAACAGAGCCUUUAACACCAGUAUGGAGGUGGGCAUACAGGUGAGCUGUGAGGACUUGUUCUCCGAUCGUCACUGGAGAGUUUGUCACGCCUACGCCACCUUUGUAACCCAGCGCAGAAACACUGGACAGAAGGUGAUCUUGAAACCCAUCGUACCUCACACUCAGAGGGAGCAGGUUGAAUACAGCGUGGCAGCUGAGAGACGGAGGGUCAGGAUGGUACACGAUGACAUCAUCAAAGAUCUGCUCUCCCACGGGUCCAUCCAGCAGGCUGACAACUCAGCAGUAGGAGAUGCAGUGGCAGCAGAGAGGACCAAGGUGGAGAGUGUUGAGCUGGUUCUACCCCCACAUGCUAAUCAUCAGGUGAACACAUUUGGAGGACAGAUCAUGGCCUGGAUGGUGAAUGUAGCUACCAUCGCUGCCAGUCGUCUGUGUCAGGCUCAUCCCACUCUUCGGGCCAUCGACAUGUUCACUUUCAGAGGACCUUCUCAGAUCGGUGACAGACUGCUGCUGAGGGCCAUCGUCAAUAACGCCUUCAAAAACAGCUUAGAGGUGGGGGUGCGAGCAGAGGCCUAUCAGGAGGAGGGGCCUAACCGACACAUAAACUCUGCCUUCAUGACCUUUGAGGUGCUGGAUGACCAUGGGAAGCCAUGUAUGUUACCACGGAUACGACCUGAACCCCUGGAAGGGGAGAGGAGGUUUCAAGAGGCCAUAGCCAGGAAGAAGAUCAGGUUAGACAGAAAGUAUAUCAUUUCCCGCACGCAGGGCGAGGUCCCUCUGUCCGUACCCUGGGACCCCCGAAACCAGGUGUACCUGAGCUAUAACAAUGUGUCAGCUCUGAAGAUGUUAGCUGCUCGAAACAACUGGCGCCUCAGUUCUGAAAAAGACAAGGUUCGUCUUUACACCCUGGAGCAGAAGUCCACGCUGAGUUUCAGGGUGGAAUCGGAGGUGGACGUUCCCGCUCACAGAGCCUUCUGUCUGCUGGCUGAGCUCAGCAGCAGACCGAGCUGGGACAAACAUUAUCAGAAGUGUGAGCUGAUCCACCGGGUGGAUGAUGAUGACUUCCUGUAUCGUGUGGUCACCCCGUCAGUCCAUCACGGUGCUCCUGGUUCUCCGACUUCAGCCAAUCUUGGAGCAGGAAUCCUGCAGGACUUCAUCUUGCUGGCUUCCAAGAGGAAGCCGUGCAGCAGUGGAGAUCCAUAUGUCAUCGCUCUGCGGUCAGUGUCUCUGCCCACUCACCCCCCCACUGACACAUACAACAGAGGGGAGGUCCUGUGUGCUGGAUUUACCAUCCUGGAAAGCGAGAACAACAUGUCGCUGAUCAGUUACUAUAACCAGGCAUCUCCAGAGGUCCUCCCGUACAUCUCCACUGACAUCGCCGGCCUCUCCUCCUCCUUCUACCACACCUUCUGCUCCUGCAGCCAGUACCUGACUGAGAACAGGCUGCAGCUCACCUCUGAGGAGCAAACUGACCAAUACCAGGCAAAUCCAGACAGUCUCACCUCUGAGGAUGAAGCUGACAGUGUGUCAGUGGUCCUCCACAGCACCCAGCUGUAGACAGGCAGCGGUACUCUCCAGGCCAGUUUACAUCACCUAGUGUAGGGUGAAGUCCGUCUGCUGUUUUCACACAAGGUUUGAUUCAUACUGUCAAAGUGUUCACAGUGAGCACAGGAGGAUAUUGGCAUUAAAACUUUUUAAACUUUGUUUUUUUAAUAGGAGUGAGAGAUCACAUCAGAACAGAUCAGUUAAAAAAGAUCACAGUAAAGUGAGUAAAGAAAAACUGCCUUAGACACUUUAAUAUUCAGAGCUGGAUGUAAGACACACACCUGGGCUGUAUUCUCUAAACAUUUUAUGUCGCUAAGAGUUCUCCUGAGUCACACUUAAAGUUUGUAACUCAAAGUUUUUCAUGAAUCCUCUUCACAAAGCUUUCACAACUCUGAGAGUCAGACUCUGUGGCUAUGGCUUACAAAGAACCUGGUGCCUCAAAAGAGCCUGUGCAACAUCCUGCAGUAAUGAAUAAAAAUAACUGUCACAGAUAAACAAAUAUAGACCUAAAUAUGGUAGAAAUUCAAUAAUAGCGGAUGAGGUGCUGUUUUAAGUAGUGCAUUUCCCAAAUGCAUCUGUAUGAUGAUGUUUGUAUGAACCCGGCACUUCAAUUAAAAAAAAUCAGCACAUUUAGUGUUUCCUGAUUUGCCCCUCCCAUACCUGUCUGUUCACUGCCACAGUUUAAAUUCUGUGUAAAAUUUUAAAAGAUCUAAAGCUGUUUGAGAUGUUGCUUCAUUGUUGAGCUGUGUGCACCUCAACUCAGCCCAUUCUCUCUCUUUCUCUCUCUCUCACUCACACACACACACACACACAAAAAUUAGUCCUAAAGUUAGGACUAACACACCCCGUAUUUUUCAGGAGCUACUUAUGCUUUGUGAAUACAGGCCCUGAUUUCAAAAUAAAGUCUUGUUCAAUAUUAAUUAUUCUGUUUGGACACAAGUAAAACUGUGAGACGUGUCAUUCAGGAUUAGUUCAUCUGUUUUCAGUCUUGUAAAUGUAAUUGUAAAUCUACAGUUGGGUUGUUUGUGGGUUUUUAUUUUGACAAACACUAACAGUGGUACGACAGUGCUGACAGCGGUUAGCACAAGGAACUUCUUUCUUUUAUAUGAAGACAUUGAUGCUUUCAUAGGACUUUAAUAAAGUGUUCUUAACAUGA